UCAUCUUAACCUCAAACUCGCAAAAUUGUUGAUUUCAGGUACACAUUUUCGCUUUUAAUUUAUUCCAGUGAUGGAUAUUCAUGAUAUCAGGUCAUACCCAAUAAUUUCUACACCUUGAUACAUUUACCCAAACUAUCAAAUUGAGAAUGGGUUAUAAAGCAGCUGUUCAAAUUCUAAAACAAGCCGAAGACUUAAAAACCAAGGUAUUAAAAAAAAGCGAUUUAUUAUCGGAUUCGCAAGCAUGGACGGACCAACAGAAAUUGCAAAAUAUUUACCAUCAAGCAUUGGUACUUGAUUUGGAAUACGCUCUCGACAAGAAAGUGGAGCAAGACUUGUGGAACAUUGGUUUUAAGAAUCACAUCUCGGUGUUACAAGAGUUGACUCGCGAUAAAAAAAACGUCAGAAGAUCUGAAUGUCAGGCACUUUUAACUUGGUGUUUAGAAGCGGCUUCUGGGUUUUAUUUGACACUUUUGCACGAAUUGUGCAACGUAUAUGACAUUGAUUUACCGUUCAGAAGACGCGGAAAUGUUUAUGGGGAAACAAAUUCAAAUGAACUCAAUUUGCCUCAAUCGUCCUCCUGUGUGUACAUUUGCCAAUACUGCUUGGUACAUUUGGGAGAUAUUGCACGUUAUAGAAACCAAAGAAAGCAAGCUGAAAAUUUUUACAAGCAAGCAAUUUUAGUUUCUCCAACUAGUGGUCAUCCUUACAAUCAGUUGGCUCUUUUGGAGGCAAGUCAAGGUGAUAAAUUAUCAACUGUCUUUUAUUACAUUAGGGGCAUUGCUGUGAAAAAUCCCUUCCCAGCAUCCACCACUAAUCUAUUAAGCACUUUAAGUUCGUCGCUUGAUAAAGAAAGUCCAUUAGAAAAAAUUCACAGUAAAAUAACGGUAACCGAGUUUAUUCAAAUUUUUUUGUGCACUCACGCCCUCUUGCACACUGCCACCGAUUUAAACCAAGCUGAAGUCGGGGUUAAAAGUUUAAAUACAACAAUGACAGCUUUAGUAGCGACUCAAAGUUUUACAAGAGAGAAAUUAAUAAAAAUUACUGCGAUUAAUUUGUACGCUUUAAAACAUGUAACUUCAACAUCACUCACUGAUGAAUUAACCGAAGAUGAAAAAAUUGUCAGACAACAAAUUUUGGAUUUGUUGGCUGGGUCUUUGAGCGCGUUUCUUAUUCCAGUUCAUACGCUAAAAAAUGACGAAAGCUUGUUGGAUUAUUACGCACUUCCUGCAGUGAAACUUUUAACAUGUUGGAUUAUGAACGAAUCGGAAAUUCUUAACGAAGUUGUUUUUACUAAUCGGUUGCAAAUUUGGCCCAGUUUGUGCAAACUUUUGAAUAACGUACAGCAAUACAUGAAAAACUUUGACUACACCAAAUAUGCCAAUGUGCCUCUGUUUGAAGAUAAAUUGUUGCAAGGCUUUCGGCCUUUGAUAAAAAAUUUCAAAGAGUUGGAUUUUAAGGCGGGUGUCGAGGAUGAAAAAACUGAUAAUUUAAUCCGAAUGCAGCGUUUGAUUGAUUUUGGUUUAUUUAUCAGCAAGUUGGAUGUGAAUCAUACGAAAUUAAUUACGACAAGUACCGAAAGUGAUUUAAUUAAUUUUGAACCUGGAUGCAUUCAGCCAGACCCAACUAAUGACUUAUUGGAGGAAAUGAAAUCAUUUCAUGUCACUGAUAUUUCAACAAUUCCUAAUAAAAAAGGUUUUGAAAAACGGGGCGGUAUUUUAAAACCACAAGGUUCCUUGGAAAAAUCGCGCGAAGAACGCGAAUUAUUAUCAUCGGGAGAACAAAGUCUCAUGUCCGAUUUAAGUAAUUCAAGUGCGUCCUCAAGUAGUAGCAAAAAAGACAUUUCAAAAAAUAAACGAUCCAAGCAAAACAUUGCUCUGCAGUCGAUUUUUAAAAAACUGGAAGAGAAUAAACAGGUGAAAUUUAAAGUUGAAGAAAAAGAAAAAUUGGUGACUUUUGACACAAAGCCUUCUCCGUUUAAUCCCCCUUUGCGAACCCAAUCCUUCAACCAGAACCAUCCAGCUUUCCCUAUUCCUCCUCCUCCUCCUCCCAGCCAACCUGAUUACCUCAAUACUCUCCGGAACGUAACGAAACCUCCACAGCCAAAUUCAUUUGUUUUCCCUCCCAAAACUGAGAAUCCAUCAAUGGUUCCAUUUCAAAAUAAUUUCAAUCAGCGUGUCUAUCAAUUUCCCGGGGGAAACCCCUACAAAAUGGAGGAAACGAAUUCGCCUUGGUGGCCCAACACGUCACAGAAUUACCAACAACGACCUGAUAGUUUCGUAAAUUAUCCCUUUAGCAAUAAUAUGCCCUAUGUGCCCGAUUAUAAUAAGACGCAAAAUAAUCAAGCAGCCGGCGAUAUGUUUAAUUCACCAUGGAAUACUUUUGGAAGGACUAACUUACUUGAAAGCAACAUGAAUUAUGAAAAUUUGUCGAUGAGACAGACGAUGCUUAAAGAGGCGACACCACCUUCAAGACCUGUAAGUUUGGAGAAAAAAAAUAGUCAUGAUAAUUUCAUGCAAAAUCCCACAACAUCUCCUGGUUAUUCAUUGUUUAAUACCAACACUUGGACGCCGAAUUUAGUUGGACAGUUGAGGAAUAACAAGGCACAGGAUAAUCAAGUGAGUCAUUUGCCUCAACAUUCCUUGUUUACUGGACAAGGACCCCAAUCGUUAGCCCAAUUAUUGGAACAGCAACAAUCGCAAAAAAGUGAUGUUUAGUUUUAUAGAUAGGUGUAUUAUAGUAGUUACUUGGUCAUAGUGAAAUAAUGGAUUCGUAACAGUUAAUAAAUCAGUUUUGUUUUUA